AUGUACUUGAAAUAUGGCGCCAUCGUCAACAUCGUCACGCUCGUCAUCUAUUUCGUCUACCUUUGUAUUGCGGUUUGGCUGGCGAUUCGACAGGGACUGGGUCACAACUUUCCCUGGAUUUGCAUGAUUGUGUUGGCGCUAUGCCGACUAACCCAGGUAUCACUCGAUUUGGCAGCAACCUCCAUGUUUCCCCCAGCAUCUGCGUCGAACACCAGCCUUGAAAGCGGCGUCGCUAUCCUGACCGAGAUAAGCUUGACACCACUUUUCAUGUCGACCGCCAGCAUGUUGAACAUGAUCUCCGGGCCCAAAGGAAGACGCAUGCAAUGGAUCCUGUUUCUUCUCCACGUUCCUCUCCUAAUAUCACUGGUUUUGAUCAUUGCCGGAGGAAUUGACCCAGAUUCCCGUGACAGCCCUACUUUUGCCGCUACCAACACUACCAAGGCUGGGAUUGCCAUAUACUGUGCCUGUUUCGUCGUCCUCAUAUUCGCCACCACGACAAUAGCUGCUCGGCUGUAUCUGGCGAACGCUGUAGAGGUCAAAAUCCUAUCGACUGUCGUACUCAGUCUCCCAUUCUUCCUUGUCGACGUUGUCUACAUGAUGUGCUUUGCCUUUGAGAGCUUGCGGGGCGAUCAACGGUUCAACGUUAUCAGCGGUAGUGUGACGCUCCAGCUUUGCAUGCAAGUCAUCAUGGAAUAUGUUAUCGUUGGCCUGUAUCUAGGCCUAGGGCUCGAGCUACCACAAAAGGCCGCUUGGCUCAGAGACCAAGUCCUCGGCGAUCACGACUAUGACCAAAUGCGGGACACCUUCCUGUGGAAAAUGUACGAAGGAUUAUCCGCUGUCGUUGCCGCGACAGUCAUGCCGGCCCUCAUGUUCUCCCAUUGGAUGCUUGGAAAAAUACUUCGUUCCGGCUCGCCAUAG